GAUCCGAUUUCAGAAUUUGGGACUAAAGGGACAAGCGCCGGGAAAAAAUCGAGAGCGACAACAAUGGCGCCUUCUUCGUCGAGCGGUCUCACGUUCAAGCUACAUCCUCUGGUGAUGCUUAACAUAUCCGAUCACUUCACUAGGGUUAAAACUCAGCUUAAUCCUCCCGCCGCUUCUUGCGCCACCGGGAACGGCUCCAGCAACGCCGACGCGACGGUCCUGCAAAACCCUAGGGUUUAUGGCUGCGUUAUCGGUCUCCAGAGAGGUCGUACGGUUGAGAUAUUCAACAGUUUCGAGCUAUUAUUCGAUCCUACUACUGAUACUCUCGACAGAUCCUUCCUCGAGAAGAAGCAAGAACUCUAUAAGAAGGUGUUCCCUGACUUCUACGUAUUGGGAUGGUAUUCGACGGGAAGCGACGCUACGGAAUCUGAUAUGCAUAUCCACAAAGCUCUGAUGGACAUUAAUGAAUCUCCUGUGUAUGUUCUUCUAAAUCCUGCUAUCAAUCAUGCACAGAAGGAUCUUCCAGUGACUAUCUACGAAAGCGAAUUCCAUGUCAUUGAUGGAGUUCCUCAGUCGAUUUUCGUGCAUACAAGCUACACUAUUGAGACAGUUGAAGCUGAAAGAAUAUCGGUUGAUCAUGUUGCACAUCUUAAGCCAUCUGAUGGAGGCUCAGCAGCGACCCAAUUGGCUGCUCAUCUUACUGGAAUACAUAGUGCCAUCAAGAUGCUUAAUAGCAGAAUCAGAGUGCUCUAUCAGUAUAUUGUCGCUAUGCAGAAAGGUGAUAUUCCUUGCGACAACGCACUUUUUCGACAAGUAUCUAGUCUGCUCAGAAGUUUGCCUGCCGCAGAAUCAGAGAAGUUUCAUGAAAAUUUCUUGAUGGAGUACAACGACAAAUUGCUGAUGUCUUACCUAGCAAUGAUCACGAAUUGUACCAGCAACAUGAACGAGGUGGUUGACAAAUUCAACACUGCAUACGACAAACACAGCCGAAGAGGCGGCGGUAGGAAUGUGUUCAUGUAAAGAUUAGGUUCAUUUAGUACUCUUUAAGGCAUUUCACUUUUCGGAACCAAACAACUAAAGAAGUUCUUCUUCUGCUUAAGCUUUAUUUAGACAGAAGCUAAGUUUAGGCCUAACUAAAUUUUGCGACAAGAC